CAUUGCCGAAAAUAUUUCUUUGUUAACUUUCGAACAUAACACACAGGUUUCAGGUGAAUUUCGAUGUAUGAUGGCAUUAUCAAAUUCAAUUGGUGAAAAUUUGGCCAUAAUCAACGAAAAGAUCAAAAAAGCCUAUGAUGGUGUUCCGAAUAAUCCAAAUAAAUAUCCAGCAUUAUUAGCUGUGAGUAAAAUCAAAUCAAAAGAGCUUAUCAUUGAUGCUUAUCAACAUGGCCAAAGACAUUUCGGUGAAAAUUAUAUUCAAGAAUUGUAUGACAAAGCCAAUGAUCCAGAAGUGAUUGCAAAAUGUCCAGAAAUUAAAUGGCAUAUGAUUGGACAUGUACAGACGAAUAAAAUCAACAAAUUAUUGGGUGUUCCGAAUUUAUUUUGCAUUCAAACUGUUGAUUCGAUCAAAUUGGCCGAAAAUCUUAAUGCAGCCAUUAAUCGUCAUGCAAAUAUAACGGAUAAAAUUCGAAUUUUCGCUCAAAUUAACACAAGUAACGAGGCACAGAAAUCAGGAAUCGACGUUACCGAUGCUGAAGAAUUGAUCACAUUCAUUUUGAAUAAAUGUGACCGUUUUGAGCUUGUCGGUUUGAUGACAAUUGGAAUCUAUGAUUAUGAUGUAUCGUUGGGACCGAAUCCAGAUUUUUUAAAACUUAUUCAAAUUCGUAAAGAAGUCUGUCAUCUAUUCAAUAAGCCAGAAAAUGAAAUUGAAUUAAGUAUGGGCAUGACUACCGAUUUUGAACAUGCUAUCGCUUUAGGCAGUACAAUGGUACGUGUUGGUACGGCCAUUUUCGGUGUACGUGAUCGACAUAAAUGAAAAUUUUUUUGUUUAUUUUUGUAAGAAAAAUUUUUUAUUUUUCAAUAAUUCAUGCAAAACAAACAA